ACUUUGCCAACAUGGCGUUUUCUCUGUAUUCACUGAUCGAAGCGGCAAUCUUAUGUCUGAAUGCCGUAUGUGUGCUACACGAAGAAAGGUUUUUGGCGAAGGUUGGCUGGGGUUCUGACCAGAGAGGCUUUGGGGAGGAGCCUGGCAUUAAAACACAGAUACUUCAUCUAAUUAGGUCCAUUCGCACUGUUAUGAGAAUUCCACUUAUAGGAGUCAAUAUAUUUGUAAUAGCCUUCAAGUUAAUUCUUGGAUAGCACAACCUGAUGACUCUUGUAGAGGUGUGUCAUUACCUUGGAGAAGUUCUUCCUCGGCCUGAAAGGUGUGUGGCGAAAAGGGGGGAUAACCCAAAUCAGCAAUUAAAUGAAGGGAGAUAACUCAGAGCAGCAUCGGCAAAUAUGGUGGAAUAAUCUUGACUUAACUUGCUUGUCAUAGUAGCAAAACGGUGAGGUAUUUGAAUGACAUACCAAUGGAAGUGUUUAAGUCCUUCAUCAGUACUGUGUGGGACUGCUGUUGUUGUGUGCACACAUUUGAUGGAGUUAACAGCAUCUGAAGAUCACCCUCUCUUGGACUGACAUGGAAUCUUCCACAGAGGGGCUAAUUUUAACAGUGGAACCUCUGACAUAAACAUCAUGUUAUUCAGGCUUUGAAAUUCGGGGCUGGACUCCCUGAAUUUUAGUUUGCUGAAGUCUGCUGAAUGAACAAAGCAGCUGAAUAACGGCAAAGCAAUCUCACCUUUGUUUACCUUUCAUGACACAGUUUUAUCAGUCGUAGUAAUUUCACAGAUCAUUCUAUUAUUCUAAACAUUUUUAACUGACUGUCACCUUUGUUAUUGCCAUGACCCCAUGGACAAUGUUGUUAAGUGAUUUACAUGUUCAUGAUUGUGGAUGUAAAUUUGUACAUAACUCUUGAUUCACGAGGGUGUCUUUACAAUAUGGAGAUUAAUAAAAUAUCUGAUUGUCACAUA